AAACUCUUAGCUUCCUCGAUUGAAGGCAAGCUUCGCAAAGAGUCAUCGUUACCAACUCGUCGUUCCAUAUUUCGGAUCCCUAAUCUGUUGCGCAAGCACAAUGAAAAAGUUUUUGUUCCUAAUUUAGUUUCAAUUGGACCGUUUCACCAUGGAAAGAAGAACCUGCAAGCCAUGCAAGAAACUAAGCUAUGGUACUUGCAUUUGCUCCUUGAGCGCAAACCAACUCCAGACACUAAUUUGGAGUACUUUGUCAAAGUCAUUAGAAGUACAGAACAAUAUUAUCGUAAUUGUUACGAAGAAAAAUUUGAUGAUCUGAGCAGUGAUCAAUUUGUCGAAAUGAUGGUGCUUGAUGGUUGUUUUCUUAUAGAACUCUUCAAAGUGUAUGCGGGUGAGUUGACCCAAGAUAAGGAUGAUCCUGUGUGGGCUAAAUGGGUGAUCCUGGCACUUCUAAAUGACCUACUUCUACUUGAAAACCAGAUUCCUUGGAGAGUUCUUGAAUGCUUGUUCGAUAUCACAUGGAUAUCGGGAAGGCGUACUCUACCUGACCUUGCUCUCAACUUUUUUUACUCUUGGACGUUUGAAAUGAGUCCGGAAAUAGAUGGGGUGGGGAAAAAUUUGCACCUACUUGAUUUCAUAAGAAACUGUUUAAUCAGAUCAUUCGAUGAAAAUGCAGAGAAUACGAAAUCAUUUUCUUGGCAAUCGAUUCCCUCGGUGACAGAGCUGCUGCAAGCUGGGGUGAAAUUCAAACGUGGAAAAGACAAUGACAUGUUGAAUGUGACUUUCAAAGAUGGAGUGAUGGAGAUCCCGCCAAUAAGAGUUCAAGAGAAUGGAGAGUCUCUCUUCAGAAACCUCAUUGCCUUUGAACAGUGUGAACCAAAUAUCAUAAACUCCACAACUCACAUUUCCUCUUAUGCUUUUCUGAUGGAUAAUCUUAUAAACUCCAGCAAAGACAUAGAGUUUCUAGUUGAGAAAGAGAUCAUGCAGACCUUUCUGAGCUCGGAGGACACUGCCUCUUUCUUCAACAGGCUUAACAAUGAUGCCGAAUUCAGCAGUUUCUCUUACGGGGAGCUAUUCGAGAAGGUGACACAAUAUCAUCAGGGUCGCUGGCACAGAUGGCAAACAAUUCUCGGACGCGAUUAUUUUAGCAAUCCUUGGUCAAUCAUCUCUUUCGUUGCCGCCCUCGUCAUUCUAGCUCUUACUUUCAUACAAACCGUAUAUUCCAUUCUCUCCUACAAGUUCAAGUAG